AGUUGGGCUUAUCGAAAUAAAAUAUUGUUAAAAAUGCGUUUUUCUACAUUAUUACUCUUUAUUUGUGCAAAAGACUUCUUUACCAGUGCAGAUGACGAAGUGAACAUCUUGUGUUCGUCAAAAUUUUGCAGCGACUAUACUGAGAAAAAUUCUUGUCGCGCACUUCCGGACAACUGUAAAAUACAAAAUUCUACAUACAAUGGAUUAAUAUUACCAUCCCCCGAUCCUUGCAACUGCUGUCAAUAUUGCUUGGUAAACCUCAAGGAAAACGAUUUAUGUGCAGAGGGCGAAGAAGGGGGCCUGGUACCUGACUCAAUUUGUGGCCCAGGACUUACAUGUGACGCUGGAGUUUGCACAAAAAUGAGUUUAGCCGAAAUCAAAGAUAACACUCAAGAGUGUGCAAAAGCAGCAUCUGAUUAUGAAAAAAGAAAGACCGAAGGAAAUAUAGGCACUAUGGAAGUGCCUCCAAAUUGCGACGAUAGCGGCUUUUACAAACCCUACAAAUGUAAUCUUGGUCAAACGUGUUUCUGCGUGGAUAAAGACGGGGAGCGGAUUUUUGGCGAAAUUCCUUACACCAGCAACGCAGACUUAAUACUGAAAUGCGCAUGUUCGAGAAAAUAUUCGGACGCUGUUGAUUUUAUUGGCAGAAAUUUGCACCCAAUUGAGCAUUUUAGAUGUACGGAAAAUGGGGAUUAUGACACUAUACAAUGCAUUGGUGACAACUGCAUGUGCACUGACGCUUCUGACGGAGCCCCCACUUUCCCAUCCAAGUCUUUUGUGAAUGUUUCAGAAAUUUCUAGUACAACUUUGAAAGAUUGCUUCCAUGAAGAGGUCCACGAAACGGGCAAAUAUUACCACCCGUGUGCAGAAAAGUAUUUGAAAGUACUGGAAGAAAUAAAUAGCUACAAAAAAGACGGCUUUAGCGAAGUUUUUGAAGUGGAAUUUCCCAGUUGUAGUCUCGAUGGCAGAUAUGCACCGGUCCAAGAAAAUGAGGACGGGGGAUAUUGCGCAAAUCCUGACGGGACACCCAUCGGUGAUUACAAAGGAAACGUAAACGAAAUGAACUGCAAAUGCGCAAGAACCUUGCUUCUAAUCCCGGAAGACGCAAAUGAAAAACCGGAGUGUUGCAGCAACGGUAAUUUCAAUCGGAUACAAUGUAGAAGAGGGAAAUGUUAUUGUGUAGACAGUGACGGUCACCAGGAUGUGAAAAACACAGACCAUACCAAAGAAAUAGAAGUUGAUGCUAACAAAAUCGAGCAACUAUUUUGUUAUGAAUACGACAGGUGUGUCUACCAAAACUAAGACAAUGUAAUUUUUACUGACAAAAAUAAAUAAUAAAAUAAUGCA